AUGGCCGGUGCCGAAGGUGGCCGGUUCGACUUCGAUGAUGGAGGCAGUUAUGUGGGCGAAUGGUGCGAGGGCCGGGCCCACGGUCUGGGCAUUGCCACGGGACCGGACAACCAGGGUGAAUAUUCAGGCGAAUGGAUAAUGGGCUUUGAGUCCCGGGGCGUCUAUGUAUGGCCUAGCGGCAAUAUAUACGCUGGUGGAUGGCUGAAAGGGAAGCGUCACGGCGAAGGUGUGCAGGUCAAAGGACGUUGGAUCUAUCGGGGAGCCUUUACGGCCGGUUUCUGCGGCCGAUACGGUAUCAAGGAAUCCCUGGCUACGUGCGCACGCUAUGAGGGCAGUUGGCAUCUCAACCAAUUCGACGGUUUUGGUGUGGAAACCAAUUCCGAUGGC